AUGACUUUAACCAAGUACCAAAGAGGAGACUUAAUUGAAGGCUGGAAUGACUGUCCUAUACCACAAAAGAAAUCCAUUUUAAUUACAAAAGAUCACAACCGAGAUAUAACGGUGCAGAAUGUUACCGAUAUACUAAAUAAAAUCUUUGCCUUGAAGUUGAACCUUUCCGAACGUGAAUUGAAUCAUUACAAGCUGAAACUCGUCAAUGUUGUUGAGAAAAUGAGUCCCGGGUCUUCACAUUUGAUAUUCAUGCAUCAUAUUUGCCAGGAAAUCCUAGAUAAUCUUGAAAAUAUCACUCCACAAUUGAGAAAUGACUUAAAGAAUCAAGUUGUUGAAUAUAUGAUGGUUCAUGAAGGUGUUAGUACUUGGUGUUCACCAAUGAAGAAAAUCGUGGCUAGUAUAUAA